AUGGAGGACGAUGAAGGACAUGGAAAAAGUUCGGUUCGUGUUGACACUGCGACAAUGGAGGUCGAUGAAGAAACUUGGUUUCCUGUCCUAGUUACUUCGGCGACUACAGAUGAAGAAGAGGCAAAUAAAGAGUGGAGCAUUCAUGUUACUCCUGUAACUCCUGUUACUGAAGCGUCGAGGAUGGAUGAAGCAAACGACGAUGAUGAGGAGUAUUGGGAGUAUGAAAUUGGUCAGAAGCCAAGAGAGUGUGAGAAGGAAAACGAAGAAGAUGGGAAUGCUGAAAUCAGAAACAAUGAAGAAGAAGAAGAGCUUGAAGAUCGUUACGUGUUUGAAAUUGAGGCUUCAGUGGCUGAUUUCCAGGAUGAGAAGUUCAUUGGCAGGAAUGUAAUUCCAGAAAGCUCGGAUGAAGAUGAAGAUGAGUUAAAUAUUAGGUAUCGACAAAGCAAAAAAUCGAAGGAUAAACUAGAAGUGGGAACAACUUUCUGGUCUGGUUACGAGUUCAAAGAAGCGGUCUUACACUACGAAUGGAGCAAAGGUCGAAACAUUGAGCAAAGCAGGUGGGACAAAACGAAGCUUAGCUUCAAGUGUGCAAAUGGAGGCAAGUGCAAAUGGAGGGUCUAUUGUGCUUUUGAUCAGCCGAAGCAGAAGUGGUUGGUAAAGACUAGGUACAUAUAUCAUAGUUGUACGCCUAAUGGGAAGUGUAAGCUUCUAAGGAGUCCGAUUCAGGAGCAGAUAAAGGAGAAGUGGAAACUGAUAGCUUCAAGAAAUCAAUGCCAAAGAGGAAGAACAGUGACUUUGCAGUGGCUUGACAAGGAGUAUGCCGACCAAUUUGCUCAUCUCCAAGGUUAUGUGAGAGAGAUUGAAAAGACCAACCCAGGUACAAGUGUAGUACUUGAAACCAUUCCUAAUGCUGCUAAAGAAGAUGUGUUUGAUCGGUUCUACGUCUGCUUCGAGAAGCUUAGAAGCUUGUGGAGUGAGGCUUGUAGGCCAAUCAUAGGGCUUGAUGGAACGUUUUUAAAGGUCGCUACAAAAGGGAUACUACUCACUGCUGUACGACAUGACGCUAAUAAUCAGAUUUAUCUGUUUGCUUGGGCGGUGGUACAAGGUGAGAAUUCAGAUACAUGGCUUUGGUUUAUCAAGCGACUGAAGCAUGAUUUCAAUCUUGGAGAUGGUAGGAAUUUUGUUCUUCUAUCAGAAUGUUCAAAGGGACUUAUAAGUGCUAUUAAACAAGAGUUACCACAGACGGAGCAUAGAAGAUGUGUGAAGUAUAUAGUUGAGAAUCUGAAGAAAAAGCACAAGAAGAAAGAUUUUCUAAAAACAAAGGUGUGGAAUCUCGCUUGGAGCUAUAAUCCGACACAGUUCAAGGAAGAACUCAGUAAGUUGAAGGACCAUAGUAUGUCUUUGUACGAAGAUGUGAUGAAAGAGGAACCAAAGACGUGGUCUUUAGCAUACUAUAGACUCGGUAGCUUCUGUGAGGAUGUCGACAAUAAUGCUACUGAAUCGUUUAACUCAACUAUUACCGGAGCUCGAGCUAAGUCAUUUGUGCCUAUGUUGGAGACUAUUAGAAGGCAAGCCAUGCUCCGAAUAGCGAAGAGGAACAAGAAAUCACAGAGGGAACAAAAGAAGUUUACCAAAUAUGUUGUCGAUAUGCUUAAGUCUGAGAAGGAAGAUGCUGACAAGUGUAUAACGAGUCCUUGUACUCAUGGGGUAUUUGAUGUACGUUUGGAAAGUAACUCAUAUGAUGUUAACACAACGAGGAGGACGUGUACAUGCGGGAAGUGGCACAUCACAAGAAUACCAUUUGAACAUGUCUAUGGAGCGAUGAUAGAUGCUGGCUUGGAUGCUGAUGAUUAUGUUUCUGAGUUCUUCUCCACUCAUAUAUGGCAAAUGACUUACAGUGAUUCCAUCAACACAGUUAGAGGACCACAAUUUUGGAUGAAGAAGGGCAAAUACAACACAGUUAGAGGACCACGAUUUUUUAUGAAGAAGGGCAAAUACAAGUUAGUGGUGGAACCACCAGAGCGUUCACUUCCUGGGAGGGAAAAAAGAAUAAGAAAAAGAGCUAUCCGAGAAUGA